CGAUUCCAGAAAUGGUUGGAGUCGAUUCCACACAUCAUUUGUUUAUUUAUUUAACGUGCCAAAAAUAAAACACAGUACAGGUUGGUGGUCUUAUAAAAUGAACAGUACAGCGCGAUGAAAAGCAACUUUUAGGUCACCAAUACAAAUUCAGACCACUGAAUGAUUAAAUAACGGCCAAUAACAGCGGCUCAUGAAUCAAUUUUACUAUAACGUUCUGAAAGCUUCAGAGUCGACUCUCACUUUCCAGAGUUGAAUCUUUUUGGAAACGAGGAAUCGACUCCUACUCCUAACAAAAGUGACUUGUUGUGAUGAUGUGUUGUAUGCAGAAAUAGAGACACAGAAAUGGAGGUUGAAAGUUUCGUUUCCAAGUCGCUUGAACUCUUACAAGAGGAGAGAGGAGCUGAGAUAGAAGAAACCAGGGCAUGGCAAAAGAAUCUGUCACUAAAAAAUCUACAACAGAAAGGAGUAUGCUUGCUGAAACUUCACAUUGGAAGCCAGAGGACAGGAAUGCACGGCAGAUUUCUGGUCACAUUUGAGCCCCGGAAAAGUAUCGGCCCUUCAGUUCUACCCAGUCACGGUUUUGGACCUGGUGACAUUGUGGGUCUUUACGAAUCAGAAGGAUGCAGCCAGCCUAAUCAGCUUUGCUCAGGUGUGGUGACGCAUGUGACGCAGGCAUCAAUAACAGUUGCUUUUGAUGAAACACAUGAUGGCCUCAACCUGGAAAGUGAUGUACUAUACAAUAUUAUGAAGCUUGCAAAUGAUGUAACCUAUAAACGAUUGACUCAUGCUUUAAACUCUUUGAAUGGCUACAGAAGUGGUCCUGCCACCCAACUAAUUAGUGUCCUUUUUGGUUACUCUGAGCCUGGAACAUUGUCACAGCAGAAUGCUUUAGAGUGGAUCAAUAAUGGAUUAGACAGUUCUCAGCAGGAGGCUGUGUUGUUCGCACUCUCUCAGAAAGAGGUUGCUAUCAUACAUGGACCACCAGGGACGGGGAAAACCACAACGGUGGUUGAAGUUAUUCUACAGGCUGUAAAACAAGGCCAGAAGGUUUUGUGCUGUGCACCAUCCAACGUGGCGGUGGAUAAUUUGGUGGAGCGCCUGGCCAAGAGCAAGGCUAAGGUCCUGCGACUGGGACAUCCAGCACGCCUUCUAGAGUCGAUCCAGAAACAUUCAUUGGACGCAGUGCUUGCACAGAGCGACAACACCAACAUCAUUGCAGAUGUUCGAAAAGACAUGGAUAAAGCCUUUAGUCAGAUAAAGAAAGUGCGUGAUAAAGGACAGAGAAGCAGCCUAAGGCGUGAAAUAGGAGAGCUGCGAAAGGAACUGAAGAGCAGGGAAGAGAUGGCCAUCACCCAAAUCCUGAAAAGGGCCAGUGUUAUUCUGGCAACCAACACUGGAGCUAGUGAUUAUGGUGCACUGAAGUAUUUGCCAAGCGAGCAUUUCGACCUGGUGGUGAUAGAUGAAUGUGCUCAGGCUCUGGAGAGCAGCUGUUGGAUUGCACUGCUCAAAGCACGCAAGUGCAUCCUGGCUGGAGACUACAAGCAGCUGCCACCCACAAUUAAAUCUCAGAAUGCAGCUGCUAAAGGUCUGUCUGUGAGUUUAAUGGAGCGGCUGAUUCAGGAGUACGGAGACUCCAUAGUUCGAAUGCUGACCACUCAGUACCGUAUGAACAGUGCUAUCAUGCAGUGGGCCUCAGAGCAGAUGUACCAAGGGAAACUGACCGCACAUCCUUCAGUGGAGAAACAUUUAUUGAGAGACCUGGCUGGUGUAGCUCUUGUUGAGGAGACCAACAUGCCUCUGCUCUUAGUUGACACUGCUGGCAGUGGGCUCAAUGAAAUGGAGGACACAGAUGAGCAAUCAAAAGGCAAUCAGGGUGAAGUUGACAUAGUGGCACUUCACAUGAGAACCUUGACUGAAGCUGGAGUUAAGGCCAAAGACAUUGCAGUCAUUGCACCUUAUAACCUACAGGUAGAUCUGCUAAGACAGAAGCUCUCAAAUGACUAUCCUGACCUGGAGAUCAAAUCUGUAGAUGGCUUUCAAGGCAGAGAAAAGGAGGCAGUGCUGCUGUCCCUGGUUAGAUCUAAUAGAAAAGGAGAAGUUGGAUUUCUUGCGGAGGACAGGAGGAUCAACGUGGCAGUAACACGUGCCAGACGCCAGCUUGUAGUGGUAUGCGAUUCCCAGACUGUCCGAAACCAUGAAUUUCUCAGAAGUUUGGUUGACUACAUGUCUGAGCACGGGGAGGUUCGUACUGCCUUCGAGUACCUAGAGGACCUGGUGCCUGAAAACUACCAGCGUGAUUUUAAAGACAAACAGAAUAACAUUAAAGUAUCUUCCACCAAAACAAAGGCAAGAAACCAACAAGGCGAAAGGGGUGAGAAGAAGCAGAAUAAAGUUUCUGAGAGCAAAAUCAAAGGAAAUGGCCAAUCAAAGGAUGAGCCCCACCUCAGCAAUAAUGUAAAGUCAGGCCUUCCCAAGCCAAAAGCAGAUGAUCAACUUGAGUCUGAAAUGAAGAAAGCAGAGAUGAGGCAGCAGUUGCUUAACUUUCUGGACAACCAAGGUCAGACAGAGCUUCAGUUUCCUUCCUCUCUGAAUUCACAUGAACGCCUGCUGGUCCACCAACUCUGUGAAGAGCUGGAACUAAAGCAUGUGAGCAAGGGAACGGGAAAACAGCGCCAUAUCACUGUUUCCAAACCAGUGGCAGAGCCAGAGGAGAGACCGGAAGAGGAUUCCGAGUCCACAAAGACAGAAAUCCAGAUUCCAGAGGAACUUAGUGAAAAGGAAUCCAACACACAACCACUAAAGUUUGCUCUAGAUUUGAAAAGCUUGCAUUUGGAGCGUAUGCGCCGGGAGCGAGAAAAACGGGAGGAGAAAAUUCAGAGCAAAAGACUGGAGACAGAGCUUAAAGACAUCAAAGGCCCAUCCACGAAAAAGAACAAAGACGUAACAAAAGGAAAGGGGAAAAAGAAAGCAGGGGCUGUGGACAUUGCUGCAGCUGCUACAGCUGAUUAUGAUUUCGAUGCACUCAUUGAUGCUGUGGUGAAAGCAGAAAGCGUGUGUGGCUUCAUGAAGUGUAAAGCCAGUGUGCUCACACUGGGACAGCUGUGUGUCUACUGUAACAGACAGUACUGCCUGAGUCACCACAUACCUGAGGUCCAUGGAUGUGGAGACAAAGCAAAGGCUCAGGCUCGCAUGAGGAUAAGCAAAGAGGGAGUGCUGUAUGCUGGAAGCGGACAGAAGGACAAGUCCAUGGAUCCAAACAAAAAAGCAUACCUGCAACGCAAACUAGACUCUAAACUCAAAGACAUGGCAUCCCAAAGAAAAUCCAAAUCAAAAGAUAAAGAACCCUGAAUGUUUAAGUUCUGCUGUAUAAAAAUGUAUUUAUUCUAAUGAAAUGAAUAAAGUGGUGGUUUGAUGUAUGCACUGCAUAAGUAGGAGAUAUACAUAUAUAUUUGAGCAUGUGAAAUACACCCACAACAAUAUUUAAACAUUGGCUUUUUUUUUCUUCUUCUUCAAAUUAAAUAAAUUUUACUAUUUUAUUUUAAUAGUGCAACUGAAAUACAUGUUAAACUAUUAAAAAAUAUUUUUUGUAGAAAAUGAGAAGACUGAAAGCAGUGACUGGAAGUAUAAGGCCGCGGGUACAGGUGGUGGAAACGAGGUUCUCCUGUGGAGUUGCUGGACUUAAUCUCCAUGGUUCAAUUAGAUUUUAUUUGUAUAACUCUUUUAAAACUAGAUAUUGUCAGAAAGCAGCUUUACAGAAAUAUAUAAAUUUAGGAUAUCAGUUUAAAAUUGAUACAUAUUUCCCUAAUGAGCAAGCUAGAGGCUACGGUGGCAAAGAAAAACUCUGAAACGAUAUGAGGAAGAAACCUUGAGAGGAACCAGACUCAGAAGGGAACCUAUUCUCAUCUAGGUGACCCCAGAUAGUAAAAUUAUAAAUAACUCCCUUCUAUAACCGUUUACUUCACGGUCAAAAAGUGCAGUUGUGUAAACAGGAAAUUCAUUAUAGUUUUCACAUGAACACUAUUUUGUUGAAGUGAUCAACUGUUCAGUGAUGGAGACUUGAGUGCAAAACUGUUUGUGGCAACUGCAGUCCUAAAGCUAUCAUAGCGAUUGUAGUCCCAAGUCACUUUAGCAAAACUGCUCAUAACGAUGCAGUCCAAAACCAUCUUCAUGUUGCAUUGAGGAGCUCUACAAUCUGGGAGCUGCUGUUGAGAUGCUUUUGAGAUGCUUUUGAGUGCCUACAAUGAUGCCAUUCUGGAGGAAUGUAUCAGACAUGUCACUCUUUGGAAACCCCGGGGGCAGACCCAGGACAUGCUGGAAAGAUUAUAUCUCAGUUGGCUUGGGAUGUCUGGGGAUUCCCCCAGCUGGAAUCUGUAGCUAGGGACAGAGAAGAGACCAUCUCAACCUGUUGCCACCAUGAAAAGUGGAAGGAGAAGGAAAGAAUGAAAGAACAUGAAAUUAUUAAAUGACAAAAAAUACUUGGCAGUUAAAGUUAUUAAGACAAUUUAAUGAGUACUGAAUGAUGAUUUGUUAAAUUUCCCACAAUGAGAACCACCAUAUGGCUAGAGCAGGGGUGUCCAAUCUUAUCCGGAAAGGGCCGGUGUGGGUGCAGGUUUUCAUUCGAACCAAGCAGGAACCACGCCCGAGUCUAUUGAAAGCCAAGAUCAACUGAUUAAACUGGUGGAAUCAGGCGUGGUUCUUGCUGGGUUGGAAUGAAAACCUGCACCCACACCGGCCCUUUGCUGAUAAGAUUGGACAUCC